AUGACUUUUCCUGAAGUGGACAGUCGUAAAACUUCUGAUAAAGAGAGAAUUGAAAGCUUAUUAGAGUUAAACUUAAAUAAUAGUAGAUCUCAAAAUUUCGAAAUGACCGGAUCUAACCAAAAGCUAGAAACGAAUUAUCUGAAGAGCUUAGAGCUGUACCGAAAGAGCCAGGAAGUAUCUAGAACCUUCGGCCCAUCUAAUGCUAAUUAGGAAAUUAAUGAAUAUCCUGAUAAAACACCUAUAAAACAAUCUUAAACAUAGCAGCAUUCAAAUCCCAGCAUUGGUAAAAACAUUAAAGCAUUAGGGUUAAAAACAUUACAAUCGAACUAAAAUGUGAGACCAGAUUAUAAGUAGAAAAUCUAAAAACUUGAAACAACUUUGCAAAAUACACGAAUAUUUCUCAGUAUGGUGAUUCAUGAUAUGAGAAAUCCAACAAAUUCAAUUGAUUUUGCCUUGAAAGAAGUGCUUAAUCUUUUGGAUCUAAAUAAGCAAUCUGGACCGAAUAACCGAUCCAAUUUUAAGGGUUCAAUGUCUUUUGGUGAAAAGCACGCAAUGCUAAGAGAGAGCACAAAAAUCAACACUAACUCCUACAAUAAGAAAUUUACAUAGUCUUCAAAUCCAUUUGGAAGUUUUGGACCAUUUUCUAGCAUAAAAUGUGGAAAUAAUUUGCCUUCUUUUGAUUAAUAGCUGUAAUAAUAGCAAUCAAGAAACUAGAGUAACCCAUUUUCUAAAUUAUUAACCAAAGAGUUAAAUGUGAUUUAGGAAGAAUAAAAGGGAGAGGACAGCGUCUCCUUCAAGGUAAGCAAGAACUAAAACUUUAAGUUCGGUGAAUCCCCUCCUCAUACUCUAGAUGAUAUAGAUAUGCCUGAUGAAUUGAUUUCAGAGCGUAAAACCUCUAUAAAUCAGAUAAAAGAAAUGGAAAUUAAUGAAUCUUCUUCAAUUUUCUUGGAUAAGCAAAACUUUAGAAGAUUUGUUUAGCUCUCAGAUUUACCAGGUAUCAGCCUAUCAAUUAUAUAGCAUGACGCAUAGUAAUCUCAGAGACCAAUGAUAUAAUUUGAGCUGGAACAUGAGACUAUUGGACAUCCAAAUUUAUAAUCCAAUAGAUACUCGAGCAGAUAGUUGUUUAAUAGAGACUAACCAAGAAAUGAUAUAUCUUUCGGGCAUUGUCAGAUUACUGAGGCUUUCAUGAUAGAAAAUUAGAAUGGUCAUUAACCUUAGUAUUAUAACUCAGGAUAAAACAGUCCUACAAACGAAUUAGCACAAGAAGUUUUAAUGCAUUUUAAAGAAAAAGGAAUCCUUAUGAAUGAUUAUAAACGGUCUUAUGCAGAACAACUCUUGAAAAAUUCUUUGUUUGGUUCAACAAUGCUACUAAACUUAAUCAAUGAUCUGCUAGAUUUAGCGAAAAUGCAAAAUUCAAAAGAUGAUAAGUCAAAAGGUGAUCCUCGAAUAAUUUUGAAUCCUGUUUGGUUUAAUAUAUUUGAAACAGUCCAGAAAGCAAUAGAUACUAUAGAGUUUUAAGCUUAGUAAAAGAACAUUCAAAUCUUCAAUGAAUUCGAUGAAGAAGUUCUGGGAUAUUUUGUUUAAGUUUGGGAUAAAUAGAAGAUUUAGAAGUCAAAGGAAUAUGCUGCUCUUGAGAAUAUAAAAAAUAAUAAACCAAAGGAUAUGGAGGUGAAGACCUAGAGAAGUAGAAGUGUCAGUCUUAACAAUAAUGAUAUUAAUAAGCUCUAGACUAUAGAUAUGGAAAACAAUCAAUACUAUAUUGAUUUUAAGAUUCAGAUAAAAGAUUCAGGCUGUGGCAUUUCUAAGGAAAAUAUCAACAAAAUUUUUGUAAAUUUCGGGAAAUUAGACGAACAUAAAAAAAUCAAUUAAGGAGGAACUGGUCUUGGCUUAAGCAUUUGUAAAUCUUUAAUAGAGUUAAUGGGUGGAUCAGUAAAGGUUGAAAGUGAAAAAGAUGUUGGUACAACCUUUAUGAUGAGUCUCAAGACUAAAUAACGUAUGAAAAACUUUAAGAGCUUUAAUCCAUAUGCGGAGGAGUGUUCAUAACAUAUUCCAAAGCAAAAUUUUCAUUUUCAGAAUCAAAGCUAAUUAUUGGUUCCACCUGGUGUAGAAGAACAGACCUCAGAAAGAGCUUAAUCUAAAUACAGUGAAUAUUAGGCACUUACUCCAAUUGCCUAUUCUAAUGGGUUGCAUAUGAAUAACACCAUAGAAAGGCACAAGAAGUAUUCAGUAUUGAUAGCUAAUGAUGAGGUAUUUUAAUUGAUGAUAAUGAUGAGAAUUCUUCAAUAAUCUGACUUUAUAGUAGAUGAUGCAGAAAAUGGAAUGGGGGGUAUUGAGGCUUGCAAAAAGAUAAGAUUUAACGGAUUUCAAGGAAUUCAAGAUAUUUUCAAUGUUAAAGCUCACAACGAUCAGUCUGAUGAUUUCCUUUAGUAACCCCCAGUUAUGAUUGCACUUUCAGCUUUUGCAGAUGAAAGUAUAUAGAAUAGCUGUAUAGAAGCAGGAUUUGAUGAUUUCAUUGAAACGCCUUUGACAUCAGAUAAAAUUAGAGAAAAGAUCAUAAAGAAAUUAGAGGAUCGAGAAUAGGAGAAAAAUUACCUAUAAAUGAUAGAUGAAUCGCCCAUUGGAAGAGUGAUAUCAAUAGCUCCUCCGGGCUGCCAAAUGAUGUCUUGA